AGCUAUCGUGACAGCUCGGUGCCUCUCUAACCGGAGAGACUGCGUAAUGUUAGCCGCUAGUGUUAGCAUGCACCGCUGCUCAAACGGCAGAGUCAGACCAGUGUUUACCGUCAGAGUCCGACACUCGGAGCAUUAGUUGAAGAAGAGAGGUUUUCCACUGACAUGAAAAUGAAACAACGGGAAGAUUUAUUUUAACUCUAAGCCGUUUGAAAACGAGUCUGGCUGACUUAGCUAGCUAGCAUGUUGUCAGGCUAAGGUCAAGAAGCUGUCCAAUCUGACAGCUAACGCUAACUAACAUGGUACCGAUUCUACAAACGGGAUAUGUAGGAGACAGCCACGCCAAUAGCAGGUAACAUCAGCUCCGGUUCUGACCGCUGGAAACGGGGCUGUGUCGCUCACAAGAUUUCCAACAAGAGGAAGUGGUGACCCUGCCUAACUGACACCCUGCUUUCCCUGCCGUCCCCCCAUCUCUGCCCCCCAGCCCCGUGUCCUGAUUGGAUCUCCGUGGUGCCGGCGGUGGAUUGGAGCACUCUGAUUGGGGGCUUUGCGAGGUGGUUUUUCGGUCUGGCGCCGCCUCCCCCCGGGGCCGGCGUGCGCUCCCAGCAGCCCGUGGUGCCCUGCGCCCCCCCGUCCCCGUCACUGCACACCCGAGCCCAUGCCCAGGGAGGAGGCGCGGUGCGUCCGCCAGGAGCCAUGUGCCUCCCUCACACCAACAACAUGGACAGCAAGCUGCAGGGGGCGGGCACAGGGGGAGGGGCUUCACUACGACCACGAGCAGGAGGCGUUCCACUGGAGCCUUUUAUACACCAGGUGGGCGGUCACACCAGUAUGAUGCGUUAUGAUGACCACACGGUGUGUAAGCCUCUCAUCAGCAGAGAGCAGCGCUUCUACGAGUCCCUGCCUCCUGAGAUGAAAGAGUUCACUCCAGAGUAUAAAGGUGUGGUGCUGGUGUGCUUUGAAGGUGACUCUGACGGUUACAUCAACCUGGUGGCCUACCCCUAUGUGGAGAGCAAUAUGGAGGGAGGAGCCGGCGAGCAUGAGGAGCGUGACCCCCCAGAGAGGGAGCAGCCGAGGAGGAAACACUCCCGCCGCAGCCUGCAUCGCUCCUCAUCCACCUCUGAACACAAGGAGGAGCGGCCCGAUCGGAGGGAGGCGCACGACACAGAGACCUCGGAUAAUCUGGCAGAGCUGAAGAGCCCGAGACUCGACCCAAAGGUCCUCUCAGAUGUUCCCUUUCAGAUGCUGGACUGGAACAGCGGUUUGACGUCAGAGAAGAUCAGCCACAAUCCCUGGAGCCUUCGCUGCCACAAACAGCAGCUCAGCCGCAUGAGAUCUGAGUCCAAGGACAGAAAGCUCUUCAAGUUCCUGUUGUUAGAGAACGUGGUGCACCACUUCUCUUACCCCUGCAUCCUGGACCUGAAGAUGGGCACCCGGCAGCACGGAGAUGACGCCUCGGAGGAGAAGGCAGCCAGGCAGAUAAGGAAAUGCGAACAAAGCACCUCAGCGACGCUGGGAGUCAGAGUAUGUGGCAUGCAGGUGUACCAGCUGAACACCGGUCACUACCUGUGCAGGAACAAGUACUACGGCCGCGGCCUGUCGAUCGAAGGCUUCCGCCAGGCCCUCUACCAGUACCUGCACAACGGAAAGGGCUUGAGGCGGGACCUCUUUGAGCCAAUCCUGGAUAAGCUUCGCACCCUGAAAGCGGUGCUGGAGAGGCAGGCAUCCUAUCGCUUCUACUCUUCCUCGCUGCUCAUCAUCUAUGAGGGAAAGGAACCCGAGAGCCCCUCUGUCUGGCAACCGAAGACCUCCGUGUCACCCGCAGAGUCCCACUGUGGCCCGGCCCCCGAUGCACCCUGUGAAACGGACAUGAGCCAGAAGCCAGACACAGGAUCCCUGCCCUCUCAGGGGUCUGGACUGAUGGCUCCGGCCUCCCCAUCACCUUCCCCUCAUCCUCCCACACAAGCCCCGCCCCCUAAGUCAGACUGCCACUCCUUCCUCCCACGCCCCCCAUCGCCUCAUCCAGAAUCCACCUCCUCGGCUCCCAGUUUAGGUUCCUUCCCCUCUCCCGCUCCCCUGCCCCAGCAGCCCCCCUUGGUGGACGUUCGCAUGAUCGACUUCGCCCACUCCACCUUCAAGGGUUUCCGCGGCGACACAGCCGUACAUGAUGGGCCAGACAGGGGCUACAUGUUUGGACUGGAGAGCCUUGUCCAGAUCCUGGAAAGCCUGCGGGACGACAACCUGUAGCUCCAUCACUCACUUCUGUAUCUUUGUGAGGACCUGAGAAGGUUUGUCUCACAGUGCGGACCAGCCUCACACCCAAAGUAUAACUGGUCCUCACAAAGAUAGACACACACACAUAGACAGACACGCACGCACGCACACACACACAUAUACGCACACACACAGCUGGUUGUGAGAUAGUUCAGGUUGUGCUGUCAGUGCAGUUUGUCUAGCCGUGUUUCCAGCAACAAUCGGCUGUAAAUAUGGAACAUGAUUCUCCAGGACAUUGCCGUGCAACUGCAGGGAAGUGGGACAUUGGAGCCAAAAUGGCUGCCAAUUAAAGAUGAUACGGAGAACCAACAGAUACACUCACAGCUUGUGCUUCUAUUCUUGUGAGGACCUUUGACAUAAUGCAUUCCCUGAACGUAACCACAGCUAAAUGACAACCCUGUAGUCGCCAUGCUCAUCUUUAAAGUAACUUUUGUCUUUCUGGGCACCAUUUUAAUCAUUCUGAAAUUACAGGAUGUGGUGGAGCACCUCCUGAGCUUUCUCCUGAUGGAGAGAUUUAAGACAUUCACAAGUUUCUGUCAGCAGGAACAUGUCUCUCAUUUCAGUCAUUCAGGAGGCUAAAAAUAAGUUAAAAGGAAUGAAGUUGUGGAUGAGAUCCACUUUAAAAUACAGGAACGUCUUUCUGGGAAAGAUUCAAAUUACAGAACAGUCCAGUCUGAAUAGAGCUUUGUUUAUUUUACCAUCACUUUCAGAAUGAUGAGUGUGCAUAGUUGGAAGAGGACGGUUUCUCUGUGUUCGCCUAAAAUCUGUAAGUGAACUAGUUUGAAAAACAAAAAAGGGGCAACAGGUAAAACCAGAUCAGAGCGGAGUACUUAAUGUCCUUUGGUACAAAUCUGGAAACUAGAGCAGGGGCGUCAAACUCAUUUUAGUUCGCACAACCCAGUUUGAUCUCACAUUUUUCAAAGCGUGCAUUUACAGCUAAACAAUAAGUCCAAUUUAAACAGUGUGUAUCAGUUUUUCGUCUUUCUUGACAUUACAUUUGCAUUACAGUUUAACAGUAUUUUUUUAAACACACAACCUUCAUAUGUAGAGGAUUUUGGAGCUAAACGGCAGUCCAUCCUCUGUGCGGAACAGAUGUUUGACACCCCUGAACACGAGAAACGUUCCUCUUUCCUCCUUUCAGUUUUGAAACUGCCUUCUCACACGUUCUGCACAGUGAAAUAAUAAACCAAAGUUGCUCUUUAACCAUAACAAAAUGUGAAGGAUGUCCUCACAAAGAUAGAGGGACACACACGCUCACAGACACACAUCCUGGGAACAGUUGUCUUUGGAGCUGUUUGACAGCGUCCCAGGACACAGCGUCCUGUCUGAUUGGUCAAUCAGCUGAAUCCCACAGACCUCCCACUGAACACAUUUUUUCCCUCACUCCCUGACCUCCCAUCACCUUUUUGUCCUCACUCUUUCUCUACAGAAACCAAAUCUAGACAGGUGAACAGAACUCAUGCUCAGAAAAACACCCAAGAAUCUGUGAAAGCAAUAGAUGGCAAACUCCCCCCCCAAAUAAAAGAGACAUAGAAGUAGGCUUCAGGGAGAGAGCAUAGAUGCAUUUCAAAAUGUUGUAUGGCCAUUUUUUUGUUUUUCUUUUAAUUUUUGUUUUGUUUUUGUAUUAUUUUUUUGUUUCGUUUUUGUUUUUUUGGAGAUUGAAUCAGGAAAAACACGAGUAGUCGGUGUCCUGUGAAAUCAUCCUCGGGGUUAUUGGAAGCAUAAGUGUCACUUUUCCAAAUCUGGUGUUGGUGAUGCUUGAGCCCCUUUCAGACACGUGUCGCUUUAACAUGAGUGUUCCUCACGGUUUCUUUACAACACUCCCACUAGAAUGAUGGCGAGAGCUAAAAGUACAACACAAUGUUUACUGCAUCAUAGAAAAACCCAGUAUUGUGAGCAGUGUAAUCGCACUGCCGUCUUCCAUAAGAGCAGCGUCUCUGUGCAUCUGUGAGCACUGCUGAGAAAGCUGUUCCUGGCCCUCUUUAACCUUACUACAUUAUAUAAACUGAGACCUCUACAUGUCAGAGCUGUUUAAGUUAUUCUGUUGAGCGCUAAGAAAGUCACAUACAGGACUUUCGCUCCGUCUGUGAGUGUCUGAAAGGGUGCUUCAGAUCUGUAUUCUUAAUUUAUUAUUGUCAACAAAUGUCAUGAAAAAAAUACCCAAAACACUGAGACAUACCUUCCUUAUCCUGUAGAUACUCACAACAGCAGGUGUGUCAAACUCAUUUUAGUUCAUGGGUCACAAAAUGCCCAGUUUGAUCUCAACUGGGGCCAGACUGUUUAGACCAUACAUCUAAGACACUUCUGCAGCCCCCCCCCCCCCCCCCCCCUUUUUUUUUAAGUGCAAAAGAAGUCAAUUCUGACAACAGAUGAGAUGUUUUAGUGAUUUUUGGUUUUAAAAUUUGAUUUCUUUACACAAAAAAGUUUUAGAGAUUUUAUUUUUUUGUAAACAAAACAACAACAUAUUUUUCACUUUCCAGACAUCAUGUCAUCAGAACUCCAGGAGUAGAUGAUUUAUUUAUCGUUUCAAUGGAAAAACAGUAAAAUCGGGGUAGAUUGCGCCUUCUGGCGGACUUGUUCUGGCCUCUGGGCUGCAUGUUUGACACCCUUGCAGCUACAGCUAGAAAUGAGUCGUCCCCAGCAAGAGCGCUGUUUACACCAGUUACAUUAAUAACAUUUAGAAGAAACUCAAGUGUCUGCACGCUUCCCCUUAAAAACAUAGUAAAUGUGGGAAUAGUAGUAGUUUAGUGGCUAUUCUUGAGCUUCCUCAGAUGAUGGGGUUGCUGAUUCCUUAUUUUAAGAACUUUUCAUUGAUGUUUUAAAUACGAACCUACGACCUUUUGAUUGCCUAAAAUGAUGUCCCCACAGGGUCAAGUCUUGUGUGUAAGGGGUCAAGACUUGGACUUCUACUCAUAACACAUAACACUUAAGAUGGCCUGAACAUGCUAAAGCAAAAUAAAAAACUAAUGCUCAUGGGCUUGGUUGCUCUAAAAAGAGAAACUUCACAAAUCUCGCUAAUUUGUUGACAAUAAUGAAAAAUAAAGAAUAACAACAGCCUAAUUCUUUAAGGCUGGGUGAUGUGGCUGAAUAACCAUAUUCAGCAUAUAUUAUACACAGAUGAGUGACAGAUAAAAGGAAAAAUAUGCACACCUACAAGAUCUGGUGAGUGAGAUUUGGUGAGGUUGUCCUUUAAUUUGUCACCCUUCUGUAUUUCAUAACACAGAAAACAGGCAAAAUCACACAGAAGUAUUAAAUUCAUGUUCAUUGAGCUCUUUUUUUUUUCAACUUUUAUUUUUGAAGCUUUUAUUCUAUAAAAAAUAUUUUUAUAGAUGAAAACACUGAAUUAUCACCCAGCUCUGUCUCAAAAAUAAUAUUAAAUAUAUAUAUAUAUUUAUUCCCUCUGAUUGGGCUACCGAUAGCCAAUUGUAUUUGUCCAUUUAUGUCUCUCCAACUGGUACCUGAGGCUGGGCUUGAUGCAGCACUGCCCCCUGCUGGACAGCCACAGGAACUUAACCCCAGGAGCUGGAAAGAGAGAGAGAGAGAGAGCAAAUAUGAAUAUUGUAUUUUUGGUUUAUGAAGGUGAUAAUUUAUUUUUUUAUCCUGCCUUUACCUAAAAUCUGUGGGUACAUGUUCUUGUCUUUUACAUGGCUCCCCCACCCCCUCUCAAUGUAUAAAAGUUUAAAGAAAUUUAGUGACUCUGAGACAUGGUGUGUGUGUGUGUGUGUGUGUGUGUGUGUGUGUGUGUGUGUGUGUGUGUGUGUGUGUGUGUGUGUGUGUGUGUGUGUGUGUGUGUGUGUGUGUGUGUGUGAGAGAGAGAGAGAGACGUUGGGAGCAUUGUUAACAGUGUUUUUGGAGCCAGCUGAAGUCUGAUUUAUUUACCAGAUUUCAGACUUGAGUCGGCUUGCUGAGCUCCUGAGCUGUUUGUGGGACACUCAGGUGUGUGUGAGCGUCAGAGCCAUCUUCCGUUUCUUUCACUUCAUGUUAAGGGAGCUGGUGAAGAACUGCAUGCACAUUAACGCCCUCCUGUUUGAGUCUGUUUUCACCACCACAUCAGACCGCCCUCGUUCCAGUCGUCUCUGAGUCUCAAGGGGCGAUGGGUCCACGCGUCCUCUCAGAUCAUGAGAUUUCAUCAUGGAUAUUAGCCUCAGUGAUUGAUCGGACUUGUUUAGCAGCAUUCUCUGCCUCUGCCAUCGUCCUGACUGUUUGUUUAGAACAGUGAAACUAAGUGAGAUUAAAUCUUUCCAGAAGCU